AUGAUGUGUUAUAAAGGAUUUAUAAAGGAGCUAGAUGUACUUCGUGCAGAGCAACAGAAGGUGCUGGAGGAAGCCAUAUCCAAGACCAGCCGUAGAUCACAGGAGCUGCAAGCUGAACUUGAACUUGCAAAGUCGGAGCUUAAAAGCAAAACAAAAAACGAGCAGGACCUCUUCCUGAAAAAGCUGUCAAGUUUGGAAGAACAACUUUCUGGGAUGAGAAAUGAACUGAAGGAGCUGCAGAAAGCUCAUUGGGAAACGGAAGCAAAAGUGGAUGCUUUUCCUGCCCAGAUGCAAAGUGUUCAAGAUGACGUUCACUCUCAUCUUCCACAACUGGUUCAUCAAAUAUUAUUCAGCAAGGGUUCGGGUGGUGACUCUGGCCAGCCCUUGGCUUCAUCUUUCAUUAGACAAGAAGAAAUGCAGGCUAUGCUUCGGGACCUAGAAAAGAAAAUCCUGGCAGAUGUGUCACGAACUCGAAUGAGAAGCAGCCAGCAGGCAUCAGCUGCAGUUGGAGCCACAUUUGAAGGAGCAGGAGUAAUGGGAGUCACUGAAGAGCAAGUAAAUGACAUUGUGGAGCGAGCUUUGCAGCUGUACAGUGAGGAUCGUAUUGGAUUAGUGGAUUAUGCCCUUGAGUCUGCAGGUGCAAGUGUGCUUAACACUCGCUGCUCAGAGACCUACGAAACUGGUACAGCUCUCAUGAGUUUGUUUGGGAUUCCUUUGUGGUAUCAGUCACAAUCGCCAAGGGUCAUUAUACAGCCAGAUGUUCACCCAGGAAACUGUUGGGCAUUUCGUGGGACUCAGGGUUUUGUCGUGAUUCAGCUUUCUGCAGAGGUCAUUCCAACAGCAGUCACUCUGGAACAUAUUUCUAAAGCUGUAUCUCCUAUGGGAUCAAUCAACACUGCACCACGAGAGUUUGUUGUCUUUGGUCUGCAGAAUGAAACUGAUCAUCAAGGAACUCCUCUUGGACAGUUUACCUACAGUGAAGAAGGGAAUCCAAUUCAGACUUUCCCUGUGCAGAACAAGCAUGCAGAGUCUUACAGGAUAAUCGAGCUGCGGGUGUUGAGUAACUGGGGUCAUCCAGAGUACACUUGCAUUUACCGUUUCAGAGUGCAUGGAGAUCCAGUGAACAGGACUUAGUAAUCACUCUGUCACAUAUUUUGAACAGCAUGGAUUUUUAGCUGGAAUAUUAGAUGGAUAAUUUUGAGUGGUGGAAGUUUGGAACACAGCCACGGAAACCUCCACUUGCUGCAGGAGAUAAAAGAAAUGUCAUGCUGUGCAUGCAUUGGGAACGGAUUCCAACUUGGAAAAAAAUGUUCAGACCACAAAACUCGUGGUGGGCUGCUCACUUUCAUACUGAGACUGCUACUAAAUUUUGUUUAUCCAGAAUUAUUUUUGUUAAUAGCUUGCUGACCUGCUGUUUUGCCUUUUAGGGGUGUCAGAGUGAUUUAUGAAAAUUUGUUUUUAUUUAGAAUUCUACAUUUAAAAUCCAUCUGUCCUGAAACUGUGCACUUUUCAUGACAUGAUUUUAAUCAGGUGAGUGAAAAAGUAAAAUUCUUAUGCCAGGUAUUACUGCAACAGCUAGCUGGUUUUGCUUGAUUAACAUUUUCACUUGAGACAUGGCUACUGCCUCAUUUCUCCUUCAACUAAAAAUGUACGUGUACAUUUUCACAAAUAUGUGGCAAGAAAUACAGACCUUAACUGUAGCGCAACAUUUUGAUCUAGAUGCUGAGCUUGUAGGUAGCCCUUAUGUGUAGCUGUUCAUGUUCAUAUGUCUGUUUUGUGUUAGCCAAAUGAAUAAUUGAAUUUUCCAUUUAAUAAAGAGUGACAGAUUAACCUUA